AUGUUUAAUUAUGCUUCUGAGGUGUACGUUGAGGCCCCUGUCGAGGCGUUGCAGCAGAGGGUACAGGGAAGGGCAGCAGCAGCAGCAGCACAAACAGCAGCAGCAGCAGCAGCAGCACGAGCAGCAGAAAGAGCAGCAGCAGCAGCAGCAGAAUCAGCAGAAGCAACAGCAGCAGCGGCAAUAGGAGGAGCAGCCAAAGCAAUGGCAGCAGCUGCAGCAGCAGCAGGGGCAGCAGCAGCAGCAGCAGCAGGGGCAGCAGCAAAGAGAGAGCGGCAGCGUUAA